CACGGCAGACGAAGAAUGGAGAGAGUCGCUAACGGCUGUUAGCGUUAAACCUCAGCAACAAGGAAACCUCACAUGAAUCUCCCCAGCGCCCGGUGAAAUUGGACCUGGGCGGUACACGAGCGGAUCCCGGGUCGUGUGGAUUCAUCACCGUGAAGGUCUCCAUCUUCCUUAUGUGACAAAUGUUGAGGUCUAAUAACUGAUAAAGGUGACAGGGUGAGGUCGGGGAGGCCUGCGGGUUAACUGCUCCAGCUUCUGGCCCAUGAGAGGGACUUUGCCAUUCAGGUGCCACCAGUAACCAGGGCUGUGGCUGCUGCGGUGGGCCCGGCCCAGGAGGCCCUUUUGUGCAUCACCCGAGGCUCCUGCUGACCAGUGCUGCGCGCGCCAUGGAUCAACAAAGAGAGAAAUAUGGCGAGCGGCCGGCUAGAGGCACCAAAGUUUCGCAGGGAAGCCGGAGCGGACACUCAACCCGGCCCUCGGGCUCCUCGGGCACCUCUGGCGUUCUCAUGGUGGGACCGAACUUUCGCGUCGGGAAGAAGAUUGGCUGUGGAAACUUCGGGGAAUUAAAGCUCGGUAAGAAUCUCUACACAAACGAGUAUGUAGCCAUUAAACUGGAACCAGUGAAGUCGAGGGCUCCACAGCUACAUUUGGAAUACCGGUUCUACAAAAGUCUUGGGACCACAGCAGAGGGCGUGCCUCAGGUGUUCUACUUCGGCCCCUGUGGGAAGUACAACGCCAUGGUUAUGGAGCUGCUGGGGCCGAGUCUAGAGGACCUCUUUGACCUUUGUGACAGGAGCUUUUCAUUAAAGACUGUCUUAAUGAUUGCAAUUCAGCUGAUAUCUAGAAUGGAGUACGUGCACUCUAAGAAUCUCAUCUACAGAGAUGUCAAGCCUGAAAACUUUCUCAUCGGAAGGCAAGGGAAUAAAAAGGAGCACAUCAUCCACAUCAUUGACUUCGGCCUGGCCAAAGAGUACAUCGACCCCGAGACCAAAAAACACAUUCCGUACCGGGAGCAUAAGAGCCUGACUGGUACUGCCAGAUACAUGUCCAUCAACACACAUUUAGGCAAAGAGCAAAGCCGACGAGAUGACCUGGAGGCUUUGGGGCACAUGUUCAUGUAUUUUCUGCGUGGGAGUUUACCUUGGCAAGGACUAAAGGCUGACACACUGAAAGAAAGAUACCAGAAGAUUGGAGACACGAAACGAAACACUCCCAUUGAGGUCCUCUGUGAGAACUUCCCAGAGGAAAUGGCCACCUAUUUGCGGUAUGUGAGGCGGUUAGACUUCUUUGAAAAGCCUGACUACGAAUAUCUGAGGACUCUGUUUACUGAGCUGUUUGAGAGAAAAGGAUACACCUUUGACUACACUUAUGACUGGGUUGGGAGACAAAUACCCACGCCGGUGGGAUCCGUCCAUAUAGACUCUGGUGCCUCUGCAGUCACGAGAGACAGCCAUCCUCACAGAGACCGGCCCUCGCAGCACCCUCCAGUUAGAAAUCAGCAGACAGCAGUCUCAGACCGGCGAGGAGCAUGGGAGGUGCAGCCCACGCGGCAAGCAAACUCUUCCUAUCUCACCUCCCACCUGGCAGCGGACAGGCACGGGGGCUCAGUACAGGUGGUCAGUUCAACCAACGGCGAGCUGAAUGCUGACGAUCCACUGGCUCACUCCAACGCUCCGAUAACAACUCAGGCCGAGGUGGAAGUUGGCGACGAACCCAACUGCGUGAAAAUGCUCAACCUGUGGUGCUGCUGUUUCUUCAGGCGAAAACGGAAGAAGAACUCGCCGAGGCACAAAUGAUGACCCAGGACCAGACUGAAAUGUUCCUCGUGUCCAGCUACAGUUGAUUGUGAUUUCAGAAGCCUGGAAGGUCCCACUCAGAGUAAAAGGGAG